UUCUGAAUUCGUGUCUUAAUUGCGUUUAUAAUUUCAGAUAUGCACUUGUCAGAGAACAGAGGCACCACGGUGCAGGAGUUCUACCGGGGCGCCAAUGUUCUGAUCACGGGUGGAACGGGCUUCAUGGGCAAAGUUCUCGUGGAAAAACUGCUCCGGUCCUGCCCACAUCUCAGCAGCAUCUACCUGCUGGUCCGAAGCAAGAAAGGCAAGGACGUGAUAGUUCAUGUAUCCACCGUGUUCAGUCACUGCAACCGCCCAUCCAUCGACGAAGAAUUCUACGACCCGCCCACCACUGUCGAGAGGAUUGUUCAGUUAGUCGAAAUUCUCGACGAUAAUAAUUUGGCCACCAUUACUCCUAAGCUUUUGGGUGCCUGGCCGAACACGUACACUUACACCAAAGCAAUAGCUGAAGAUAUAGUGAGAACUGUCGGCAAGGAUCUUCCUGUCGGAGUGUUCAGACCAUCCAUCGUCUACUGUACGAGAAGGGAGACUUUGCCAGGGUGGACUGACAACCUGUAUGGACCGACAGGAAUAGUAGUGGGCGUGGUUCUUGGGUGGAUUCGCACCAUAUACUCCAACGGAAAACUUGUUGGGGACAUAGUGCCCUGUGACAUGGCAGUUAAUGCUCUCGUGACUUCUGCCUGGCAUAUUCAUGAGCAGCGAAGCAGGUCUGGCACUGGAGCUAUUCCUGUAUACAACUACGUGUCGUCUUGUGAGAAUCCAAUUACCUGGGGCGACUUUAUUAACAAGAACAUUAAGCACAGCUGGCAGGUACCAUUUGAUAAUGCAGUGUGGAUGGUUAAUCUCACCUUGAUACAUGUGCACGUCUUGUACAAAUUGUAUGCAUUGCUGAUUCACCUUCUUCCAGCACUAGUGGGAGACACUGCAUUGCUUGCCAUUGGACAAAAGCCCAGGUACACCAAAUUGUAUGUUUACAAGAAAAUACACAAGUUAUUAGAUACCACUUCAUACUUCCGCAAUCGACAGUGGACGUUUUCUAACCAGAACAUGAUUCAUAUGUGGAACAAUCUCAGUGAAGACGACCGAGAGAUUUUUGACUUCAACAUCAGUGACCUCAAUUGAAAUCUGUACUUGAGGCAGGGUCUCAUGGGAGUUCGUACAUUUGUGCUCAAGGAUGACCCAAAGAAACUCCCACAAGCUAUU